AAGAAAAAUCGGAAAAAUACCGAUACGUCCCGUUCCGAUUCGGCAAAAUUCCCAUUGGUGCGCUCAACCCCGCAAAAAAGCUGAAAGCCCAAGCCCUCCUCCCUCUCGCAAAAUUUACAAUCUCUCACCCUUCGACCGCCUCAAUUUCUCUCUACAAUCUCUGUGUCUCUCACACACCAACACUCUCUCUCCUUCACUCCUUGGCUCGCUGGAAUUGUGAAUGCAGAGCCCAGCCGUCCGAUGACCUAGUUCCUCCGGCGUCGGAGCAUCCGCUGGCCGUCAACAACUGGCGACCAAUCCAAUUCCGAGCUCUGGGACUUUUAUAGGGUUUUCAUAGCUGCUUGUGCGAUUCGAUUGCGACGAUUCAAUUAGGGUUUUUCCUUUUGCUUUCUAAGAUUGCGGCGUCCACGCCAUGGCUCCGGGGCGUAGACGCGGAGCGAGCAAGGCCAAGGAUAAGAACAAGUUGAGUCUCGGCGAUCUUGUCCUUGCUAAGGUCAAGGGCUUCCCCUAUUGGCCCGCCAAGAUUAGCAGGCCUGAAGAUUGGAAGAAGGUCCCUGAUCCAAAGAAAUAUUUUGUCCAAUUUUUUGGAACGGAAGAGAUAGCUUUUGUUGCCCCUGCAGAUAUUCAGGCAUUCACUAGUGAGGCAAAAAGCAAAUUAUUAGGUCGUUGUCAUGCUAAAACAAAGUAUUUUUCCCAAGCUGUGAAGGACAUAUGUCAGGCAUUUGACGAGUUACACAAAAAGAGGUCAAAUGAUUUGAGGGAUGAUACUGAUAGAUCAGACACCGGAUGUGAGGCUCCAUCUGGUGAUGGCAUAGAAGAUAAUGGGAUUGAUGUUGACUUAAAGGAUGGGGAGGGUCUACAGGAUUCCAAUGGACAAACAGACAAGGAAGAAGGCAUAGGUGAUAUUGGCCCUAAGCUGGAACGCUGUUCACAGGCACGAGGUGAAAAUGACAAUGACGAUGGAAACCCAUCUACCUCAUGUGGAGCAAAGGAGAGUUCUCCAGUAUUUUCUCCUGAGAGAAAAAAUAAAACGGCUGCAGUUCCACCGCCUAAAAAAGAGGCAUUAAAGAAAUCUAAGCCAGAGAAUUCUUCUCAUCCCAAGGAAGAAGUUUCUGGUAGUAAGCGUGAACAAGAUGAUCGCACAAAGAAACGCAGUGAUGGACAGAGGUCUGUAGCAAAUGGCCACAAGAUGACGAAGAUGGUUACUGGAUCAAAGAGGAAGCAUGGUGGCACGGUUGAGGAACAAAAAAAUCAUUCUGCUGUUACAUCGUCGAAGGAUGAUAACUCAAUUGGUCGUGUUGAUCACCCACAAUCUGGUGAUCGAUUAAAAGAUGGAACAAAGGGCGCACUUGGCUCUGGUGGCAGGAAGAGGGAGUUCUCCCCAGAUGCUCUAAAAUCAGAUACUGGUGGUAAGGUUGGGAAAAAGACAAAAGAUCUUUUUAAAGCCAACAAGCAAGUCAAGUUGCCAAAUAAUGUGAUAGAUGAUUAUGAGGAGCAUGCCAAAGACAAACAUUCAGGAAGGACAAAGGGGUUCAACCAGGGCUUGGAAAGCCUAACUUGGGAACAAAUGAUCCUUCACAUUGUUCCAAAAAGUCAAAACAUGUAUGCUGGGGAUAGUGCUUCAAGGGGUUCGGUCUCUAAAACUACGAAGAGCCUGUCUCCUAGUUCUGAUGUUGAUGACAAGACAUUAAAAAUAAUGGAUUCAAAUUUGUCAACUUCUCGUGUGAAAAGAGAGAACCAUCUAGUUUCCAUGUCCAAAAAUGUUGUUGGUGGACCCAACGGUCCUGGUGAUGAAGCUGUGCUACCCCUAACAAAGAGGCACCGUCGAGCAUUGGAGGCUAUGCCUGAUUCUGAUACUUUGGUUAGUGACGAUAAGAAGGAAGAGGAUCCCACUCUGAAGAAUGAUAUGUCAUGCUCUACUGACGUCAGAGUUCCUACACAGAGGAAGCGGAGAGCUGUGUGCCUCUAUGAUGAGGAGGAGGAGGAGGAAAAACCCAAAACACCAGUUCAUGGAGGAUCUUCCCGAAAUAUUAAGGCGUCUUCACACUCUUCAGACGCUGUAAAGAGCAAUAAUGAAAAUCAUGAGAGGUCAGAUACUGCUCAACAGAGUACCCAAUGUCCUACUGAAUUUCCGAUGAGCUUCACAAAGGAAUCAUCUUCCCAGUUAUAUGAUGGUUUUCCAUCACCUAGAAAACCUCAAGCGGAUGAGGAGAAGCUGGAAAAGAAACCUCAAAUUGAGAAAAAGAGUCUUGAAAAGGUGGUGCAUGUGUAUCACAGUCCAAAAAAAUCAGAACCUGGGCAUUUGCUGUCCAAGGAGGAAAAACCAACCUUGAUUUCUCCUAAGAAGUCUCCCCAUUUGGUUUCAACCACUAAACCAGUUGUGGAACAGCAGAAACCCACAAAAUCUCUGGUUAAAGUCUCUAGUACUGGUACUCAAAAGAAGGCUCAGGCUGUUUCUAGCAAGGGUUCAGGUUUAUUGUCUAACAGUUCGGUUUCUUCUCAUAAUCAGGCAAGAAACAAGUCUGCACCUUCUGGAGAAAAGUCUAAACCUACUACACAAUCAUUCCCUCAGAUCAUUGACUCCGCUAUUUUAACAGAAAAUGAAACCGAGUACAUUUCAUUAUCUGGUGAAAGAAUGGAAGUUGGCAGAGAAGAAAAAAUAGGCAUAUCCAUGGGUUCUAGAACUCCGGAAUCAUCUCAGUCUAUGAGGCAUCUUAUUGCAGUUGCACAAGCAAAAAGGAAACAAGCUCAGUCGCAAAAUUUUUUCCUUGGAUUUUCCAGUUCUACUCUUGUGUCUAACUCAGAUAUGCAAGGGAGGAGCCCCAGCCCUUCUGCAGUUCAGGGUUUUUUGUCCAUUUCUAGCACUGCAUUGCAGGCAGAUAUCCCGGGGUCCAACCAACUCACAAAUGUAGCUUCCCCGGUUACUCAUGGUCGACAUUGUGUAUCACAAAUUCAACUUGAUUUGGAGGAAAUCUCGGAAAGAAGAGUUAGUUCUGGGCAUCGAACUGCUGGAGGAUCACUUAGUGGUGGUACCGAGGCAGCUGUUGCUCGUGAUGCUUUUGAGGGAAUGAUAGAGACUUUGUCUAGGACUAAAGAAAGUAUUAGUCGUGCAACUCGUCUUGCCAUUGAUUGUGCCAAGUAUGGUAUUGCCAAUGAGGUUGUGGAACUACUAAUCCGGAAGUUGGAGAGUGAGCCUAGUUUCCAUCGAAAGGUCGAUCUUUUCUUUCUUGUGGAUUCCAUCACACAAAUCUCGCAUAAUCAAAAAGGCAUUGCGGGAGCUUCAUAUGUUCCAACGGUUCAAGCAGCAUUGCCACGUCUUCUAGGUGCUGCUGCUCCACCUGGUUCUGGUGCUCGUGAUAAUCGUCGUCAAUGUCUUAAGGUUUUACGGCUGUGGAUUGAGAGAAAAAUCUUUCCUGAGUCUGUUCUUCGUCGUUACAUGGAUGACAUUGGAGUUUCAAACGAUGAUACAAUUGCUGGUUUCUCCUUUAGACGUCCAUCUCGAGCUGAGCGUGCUAUAGAUGACCCAAUCAGAGAAAUGGAAGGAAUGUUUGUGGAUGAGUAUGGCAGUAAUGCUACAUUUCAGCUGCCUGGAUUUUUGUCCUCUCAUGCAUUUGAAGAUGAUGAAGAAGAAGAAGAACUUCCUAGCUGUUCAUAUAAGGAGACUAGCCAUUCCUCACCAAUGGAAACUACUCAUGCUUCUGGGGAGUCAGAAACAUGUGCGGUGACGCCUAACGAUAGGCCAGAAACAUGUGCGGUGACACCUAAUGAUAGGCGACACUGUAUCUUGGAGGAUGUAGAUGGUGAACUUGAAAUGGAGGAUGUGUCUGGACACCCAAAGGAUGAAAGACCCUUGUUUGGUAAUGGUUCUUUUGAAUUGGAUCCACAACAGCAGGGAUCAGAUAGGGUCAUGGAACCAGCUUCAAUUGCUUGCACUGAUUUGCCCCCUGUUCCAGACGGUUCUCCACCAUUGCCUCUUGAUUCUCCUCCUGCAACCCCACCUUUGCCUCCCUCACCCCCACCACCACCACCUCCACUUCCGUUAUCUCCUUCACCACCACCACCACCACCCCCGCCUCUACCAUCACAGCCACCUCCUCCCCUACCAUCUUCUGGUCAUCAACCAUUAUUGAUUCCUCAGUCAUCUAUACCAACUCAGGCUUCUUUGUUAUCCCAACAGAUGCUGCCUCUGCAAUCAUCAAUGCAUCCUUCACCGCAGGUGGCAUAUCAACCUCCUACGCCUCAUGAAUACUGCAGCACGAGUGGUAACCAGCAUGUCCAAAUUGCUGGAAAUGCUUCUCAUGUUGGCCCUAUUGAUGCGACUGCCAAGAGCGAGAUGUUUCCGCAGCAGCAAGCUUGCUUUGUUCCUGCAGGAGUAUGUGGUCCUCGAGAACCUUCUGGAUUUAAUUCGACAAGGCCGCUAGAACAUGGGCAUAAUGACAUGUUUCUAAGUGCACAAGUCUCUCAAGCAAGCCAACAAUUUCAACAAGUUAUUACACCUUUUCCUCAAAGGCCUUUACCUCCUGCUCCACCACAAAAUCCCUCAAGUCAUUUCUCCUAUACUAAGCAACAUCCUCAUCAACAUCCUCAACAACCAUACCACGGUCCAUACUCUUUGCCUCCCCCACCUGAUAGUCAAAGACGAUUCGUUGCUGAUGAACAACGAGGCGUUUGGAUUAAUGGAGGAAGACCCCCACAUCCGGGACCACCAUUUGGCCAUGAAGGUUAUUUUCGGCCACCACCUGAUAGGCCGCAACCUAAUAAUAUGGCUUUUCAGCGUUCUGCCCCCAAUAAUGUUCCAACUGGAGCUCCAAUAUCAGGUCAUGGUGCUUCCCAGAUCUUGCCAUGUAGACCAGACAUACCUGCUGUUAAUUGUUGGAGACCAGCUUAGUAGUGAACCUUAGCCCUACAUAACUAUUCUUAAUUGACGGCGGCAUAUCAAUUAGUUACAUCACAUUAUGGUGUCCUUCAAAGUUGGAUUCAUCUUGUUUAAGAAACCCAAGUACCACUUGAAGUCAGUGUUGAGGACAUGUGGAGGCUCUUGGCAGGACUCUGUAUAUUGUAAUUUUUCCUGACAAAUAUAUCCCGAGAACAUUUGCUUCCAAGUUUAUGCCCAUGUUUCUUUCUUGGUUUCGGCGAAGAUUAAAACAGUAGCAACCACGUUUUUGGGGUGGUUUCUAUCUGGUCACUCGCAGAGGAAAAGGAAUCUGACUUCGUAGCAUGUGCACUGCUGUAAAACAUUCAGGUAAAUACAUGGAUUUUGGACCAAGAAAAGGCUCAUCAUAAUUAUUUGUUAGUUGAGUACAGUUUUGAUGCAACAGUAUAUGUUGCAAUGUAAAGAAAGGUAGUUCGUACAGAUGCCUCACAACUGUUAAAAAGUUUUAUUCCUCAGUUUUUAUACAUUGCUUUGUACCCACUGAUAGUUCUUUCAAUCUGUAAAGAUCCUAGGUUUUUAUUUUUUUGUUUUUUUUUGUUUUUUUGUGCAUAGUUUUGAGUUUGAUUAUGUUCUGUUGUUGCUGUACCGUUUACACUGAGCAUCACAAAAUGAAAAGCGGUUCUCUGACUAGUCCAUUGUUCUUUA